AUGACGUCCGCCAAUCCUUGGGGCUACGCCUCCAUCACCCUCUCCCCAGAAAGAACAGUACACGCAACGAUUUCCCUUUGCACCAAUCUCACCACCAACCAAAAACCCACCAACAACACCAUCCCAGAAACCUGGGCCUUGGACCUCACCUUCACACGCUCCGCAGCAGCUCAACCAUCAACCCCCAUCCAAAUCAACCUCCAGCAGGCCACAUCUCCCUGGAAGACUCUCCUCCAGCAAACCCUCUCACCCCCCACUCCCCUUCUCACCAUCCGCUUCCUCUUCACCUCCACCCCCGGCUACAUCACCCGCUCAGACCUCAUCCCCCUCCGCUUCGAGUGCCUCCCCGGCCUCCUCUCCGCCCACACCUUCCUCACCCCCCUUCAGCACGUCACACCCAUCACUCCCCAAUCCCUCACCCCCAGCAACCUCCCCCAAAUCCUCUCUUCUUCUCUCGGAGCCCUUGUACUGUCAAAUGACUACAGCCCCGCGGUCCUCAACAAAGAGACAAACAACAGAUUGGGAUUGCCCUUCCUCCUCCCCUCACCCCCCACCCGAAAAAGAAUCGCCUGGGUCCAAGGCCGCGAAGAUAUCGACUGCAUCGAGCGAGCUCUAAACGCCGCUCAAGCGUUAGGUAUCUCCCUCGUCAUCAUUGACGAAAAAGGUCAUUGGUUGCAAGAUCCGACUUCGCCGUGGGCACAUCUAAGAGAGGACUUCAUCGAGGCAGACGUCGCUCCCAAUGAGGAUUUUCCUCAACGGAUUGUGGUUGCCGUGAGGGGAUACCCCAAACCAAUCAACGGCAUCGUCACCAUCAGCGACGUCCGCCUCGCCGGAGUAGCCAAGGCGUGCGAGAUUUUGGGUCUGCCGACUGAGUCCCCCGAGGCGUAUGAAAUCGCCGCUGAUAAAGGCCGGACAAGACUCCUCGAGACGGUAGGAACAGAGGAGAGUUUUGUCUUGAGGCAUAAAGAUGAUCUCGAGGGGGUGUUGGCCCAAAACGUGGAACUGAAAUUCCCAAUGGUGGUCAAGCCCGUUAUCGGAUGGAGUUCAGAUUGCGUGACCAAGGUCAAGAAUGUGGAUGAGUUGAGGGUUGCAGUCAAAAAAGCAUCAGACAGACACGCCGACUCCCCAAAACCAAGCACAGCCGUGGUGGUAGAACCAUACGUCGCCGGGCCAGAAGUAGACGCCAACUUUGUCAUGCUCAACGGGGAGAUCGUCUUUGCCGAUAUCAACGAUGACUUCCCCAGCCCGGCAGACUCUGCCAAUGCCGGCUUGAGGGAAAACUUCCAAGAGACGCAAAAUGUCCUCCCCUCUGCCCUCCCCAAACACGAACUGGAGGCUCUCCAAGACCAACUCAGAGCAACGCUUGUCAGGCAGGGAUUCAAAUCCGGUGUCUUCCACUGCGAGGCCCGGGUGCGGAAUUCGAGCGUCAAAUACCAAGACGUUGGAAACGGGAUCCUCGACUUGGUUCCGGCAAACAACCAAAAUAAUACAGACGGAGCCACAGACCCGGAAGUGUACCUCCACGAGGUCAACGCCCGACCACCGGGAUACCUCGAGUCGGUAGCGGUGCAGCUGGCGCAUGGCGUCGACUACUAUGCGCUCCACAUGUUGCUCGCGCUGGGUGAUGCAGAGGAGGCUCGCUUCCGCGCGCUGUCGCACCCGUUCCGCAACGGCCCGCAGUUCCACCUCUCGGUUAUGAUCAUUCAGCAGACGCGCAGAGGCAUCAUGAGGUCAGCUGACGCUGCCAAAGAGUUUCUGGAGAAACAUCUUGAUGUUCGGGAGAAUGUGGUGGACUACUACACGCGCAAGAAGGGGGGUGAUGUCCUCGAGGGUCCGGAUGCGGCCUCGCUCUGGUGGAUUGCCUUCUUCUCGGUUGUCUCUCGGACUUCGCGCAGGGAUUUGUUGGAGAGGGUGGCUUUCAUUGAAAAGAACUUUGACUAUGAGUUCGACCCCCUUGAUGAUUAA